GACGACGCGCCUCCGAGCAUCAGCCCGGAGACAGGCAUGCCUCAGAAGUUGAAGGCGUUCGUCGUGAGCACAGACCCGAAAAUGACCGUGGUGCCGCACUGCUUCAGCAACGAGGAGUGCGACCACAUCCUCGACCUCGUCGAGGGCAACUGGAUGCCCUCGACCGUGGGCGUCACGGACGUGAACCGCCAGGCACUGCCGGAGAGCGAGCGGGCCCUGCAGAACCUGCCGUCUCAGAACCGGACCUCCUGGUCGUGCCAGCUGCGCUACGCCCAGACGGAGGUGGUUGAGCGGCUGGAGCACCGCCUCGCCAGCGUGGCCGGGCUCCCCGUGUCGCAGCUGGAGCGGCUAAACCUGGUGCGGUACGCCCCUGGCGAUCGCCGGUGA